CCCCCAAAACUACCUACGCAAGUACUGCCAUCUCCCAAUUCCUGCCCCUUCUCGUGCUCUUUCUCGUGCCACUGGUCACCCUCCGCCUCGUCGUCCCUGCUGUCAAACGUAUAUCGGGCCUGGUUACUGUGAAUGGGAUGGGUCUGUUUGGCUUUGGGUUCUGGAGUGGAGGAUCGAGUGCGGAUGUGAGUGCGGAUGACGACAAUCAAACCGGAUCCAGUCGAAGGCGAGAGAGGGUACGCACCAGGGCUGCACAACAGGAGCAGCAACGAGCAGGACACGAGAAACCGGAUUCAGUGUCUUUUCCUGGACUCUUCAAUGUGUCCGGGACGCAUUGCUUCAUGAACUCCACAUUGCAGGCUCUGGCUUCCCUAUCCGCUCUCAUGCCACACCUCUCCGCGCUUCACAAUCGCGCUGAACAGUGGGACGUCCCUACACCCGUGCUCGACGCGCUACUGGAUCUCCUUCACUCGCUGAAUACACCAUCGAGAUCCGCCCUGCGCGCCACGGCACUCGUUGAGGCACUCUGCGCGUCACCCGAUUCCUCCUCCGCCUUCUGGGGCAUCUCCACCUCGAGCUCAAAGACAGAUAAAAGCGCGAAAGCGGCCGCAUUGCUGGCCACACACCAGCAUCAGGACGCGCAGGAGUUCUUCCAGCUGCUGUCCGAGGCGAUCAGAGAAGAAACGGCGUUGGUUGCUGCUGACAGUGCUCGAGAUCGCGGCUUCGCUGGGCUUUCGGAAUCUGAGGCUGGCAUGGCAGCUGCCGUCAGCCCGUUCGAUGGAUUGACGGCAACCCGACGCGCCUGUGUGCGCUGUGGGUACGUAUCGGCGAUCCGGCAUUUCUCGUUCGACAGCCUGCAGCUGGCUCUGGAGGGAUGGAACGGGACAACUAUUCACCAUCUGCUUACGACUUACACGGAGCUUGAGGUGCUAGAAGAUUGUCCUUGCCGCCGGUGUUCUCUGCGCGCCACAGCAUACCGGCUGACGGCUGAGGCGGCGCAGUUGGCGGAGGGUGUCGAUGAGAAGAAGGCUGUCGAUGGCGUAUACGACGGCGAAAAGGAAAGGAAAACCAAGAGCAAGAAGCGGAGGGAGAAGGAGAAAGCCAAGGCUACGAGGGCUGCUACACCUUUUUCUGAGCUGGCCGCGGUCACGGCCCCUCUCUUAUCUGAUAGUGCCCGUCUCCGUCGUCUAAAAGCGACUCGCAGGCAAUCAUCUUUGGUGGGUCGGGCACUCGAGUCUCGGCGGAUUGAAGAGGAAGACCUUGAAGGCGACUGGGAUGCUGAUGGCUUGUUCCGACCGGAUCCAGGCUCUGACGCGCUGAAGGGCGUGCGGCUAGACAGAGUUCCUGGAGGCGUUUGUACAAGGCAGAGUAUGAUUGGCCGUCUUCCGGCGGUCCUGGCACUGCACAUCAAUCGGUCUGUGCACACCGGAUACCGAGCAGCGAAGAAUGGGGCCUUUGUCGCUUUCCCCGAGGUCCUCGAUUUGACGGCAUAUACGACAUCUGGAGUGCUCAACGUCGAGCCGACGACGGGCAUGAGCGACCGAGGGAUCCUCGGCGCUCUCCGGCAGCACAAUCCUGCGGUCUACCAUCUUGCGGCUGCCGUCUGCCAUUACGGGCAACACUCCUUUGGCCAUUACAUUUGUUUCCGCCGAGCUCCUGUGCCAUCGCAGUCAGGCUCUUCGCCGUCAUAUUCACCUGCCCUGCCCACAGUCGAAACUACCUCCGGUUCCGGACGGGGCUGGCUCAGAAUCUCCGAUGCUCGCGUUGAUCGGUGCGGCAUCGAGUCAGUCUUGGCGGAGGGAAGCUCGGUCUUCAUGCUUUAUUACGAGCGGGUGCAUGAUCAUACGGUGGACACCAUUCCGAGAGGCCGGAUCUUGAGGAGUGCUAGUCUCGGUCUUGGGGAAAGUUCUCUCCAGGUCAAGUCCGAGGAACACCCAGUCAAGUUGGAGGCGGAAUCAUCUUCCCUAGGCCAGCCAUCAUCAACCAGCCCUGGGGAACCCGAGGAUAUGCCAACCGUCGUCGACGUCGAGCCGGAACAGGUCACAGCUCCACCCGUUGAUGAUUCUCCGUCGGACUGCUUCGUGCCUGUUUCCAGCCCUGCCGCCGAGGAAUCUCAAGUCGCAUCGCUCAGCCCGCCUGUGGUGGACACCUCACCUCCGCCGGACGAUAACAUGCUGCUCUCAGCUGGUGCAUUGCCGACACCCCCGCUCACUCCGCGAUCCAUCGCUGAUUCGCCACUACCGCCAACCGAGGAUGCUCCUAUAGUCAAACUCAAGCCCAAGAAGAAGAAGAAGAAAGGGAAGGCGUAGACGGUCGGGUGUUCCGUGUCCAAAAGUAUUAUCGGUCCCCUGCUAUUGUAUGCCAUAACGGAACAUCGUCCUCGCCCUAUUCGCUACAUAUCUACUACUGUAUCAUUAUUGUCUUCUCUUCUAUGGCUCAGGCGGGAAUCAUCAGGUUUUUUUGCAUUGCGUGACGUAUUGUACAAGAGUGUGAGUGAAAUGAAAUGAGACGAUGUGUAUGUGGGAAGGGAGCGGGUGGAGAGGGUCCAGAAGAAACUAGAAGAAACUAGCAAGUGUCCCAGCCCGCAGGAGAAAAUGUGAAAGCAACAACAACAGUAGCGUCCCUCCCAAUCCACUCCCGAUCCAACAGAGUUGUUCACACCUCGAGAGGCGGCCCGACUUUUUCGUGCGCCGCAGUGGGACGGCGGGAUGCGGCCUAGUAGUAUAUGCGGCGCUCGACCGUGCGCUGCUUCGGCACGAGAUAAGACGGGCGGUGGUACGAGACCACGCGGCGGACGCGCGUGACGUGGGGGUACCUGACGUAGGUGGGGCGGCAGGUCAGCAGCAGCAGCAGCAGCGGCAGCCAUCGCGCGGUGCGCGUGGGGAGGACGGACCAUGCGUUGUACACAUCCCCGCCGUCCAUCUGGACUUCCACGAUCUCGCGGCCCUAAUCAAGAUUCAAGAGCGUGUGAGUGAGAUAGCCGGGGCGGAGGGCGUAGGGCUGGGGGCUGGGGGCUGGGG